AUGAAGGACUAUGCCGCUUCGGAGAUUUGGGACCAAAGCGAUAAUUGGAGAGGCAUUACGGAUCCAAAGGAACGACGACGGCGACAGAACAGAGUUCAUCAAAGAGCCCAUCGCAAGAAGCGACGUGCGUUCCCUACGGCCACCAAUGAUGAAAACCAGGAGCCAGUCCCUCAGACAGCGGUGGCAUGCCAUCUUGCAGUGCUGACCAAGCAAGGCCCAUUGCCUGUCUUCCACAGCCUACCCGAUUUUCUGGCUUUCAUCAAUUGCGUUUUGCUCUCCCAGCAAGUCCGGAUCUUCCUCGACCGUGCCUAUCAAGACUGGUCACUCAGCCGUCCUGUUCCAAAAGACCUGCCUACCCUGAGUCGCCUUAACGCCUUCGACGCACUGAUGAGGAACGCACAGAUAUUGCAGAUUCCUGUAGAGGCUCUGGGCAGCGAUGAUGACGAUUCACCGUUGCUGCUCACUAGUCGUCAUUCCACAGGUAGUCAACAACUAUCAGGACAAUUCCCCGACCACCUCAGGCCCACAGAACUCCAGAAAUCAGUGCGCCAUCAUCCCUGGCUCGACUUGUUUCCGUUCCCUAGCCUGAGGGAUAGAAUUCUUCAGGGCCUCCAAGCAGGGGAACUGGAUGAGGACACAGUGUGCGAUGAGCUGUGUUGCGACUUAUUGAACCUGGAAUCGAAGACGGAACCCCCCGUGCUGAUCUGGGGAGAUUCGUGGCAGGCUUCGCAAUGGGAAUUCAGUAUCUCUUUCAUUGAUAGAUGGGCCGUCCUUUUGGAGGACUGCCAAGAGAUUCUCGCGGCGACGAAUCAUUGGCGUAGGUUGCGAGGAGCCGAGGCCUUCUCCCUACCUCCAAAUCAGCCUGGGAAAUAG